UAAAUCGGGGCAUGCGCAAUGAAGAGAAAAGCGGCGGGUUCGCCUGGAACUGCUGCAAGGGAAGCGAAAAUGCCCAAAACAGCGGUCGAAAAAGAGAAGAAAUAUGACCGCCAACUAAGGUUAUGGGGUGAUCAUGGCCAAGCAGCUUUAGAACAGGCCAAGAUAUGUCUCAUUAAUGCUUCAGCAACAGGCACCGAAAUCUUGAAGAAUCUCAUACUUCCUGGAAUUGGCUUGUUUACUAUUGUUGAUGGGGAGAAAGUCACAGGAGAAGAUGUUGGGAACAACUUCUUUUUAAACAAAGAACACAUUGGAAGGUCUCGGGCAGAAUGUGCGACUGAGUUACUCCUGGAGCUCAAUUCAGAUGUAUCUGGAGAAUUUAUUGAGGAGAGCCCUGAGGAGCUGCUAACACACAAGCAAGAUUUCUUUAAACCUUUUUCUGUUGUCAUAGCAACACAACUAUCAGAAGAGAUAUUGUUGAAGUUGGCCCAUGUUCUAUGGUCAGAUAAGGUGCCAUUGUUGGUCUGCCGAUCUUAUGGAUUCAUUGGGUACAUGAGACUGGUCCUAGAAGAACACCCAAUUAUUGAAUCCCACCCUGAUAGUGCAUUUGAAGACUUGCGUUUGGACAGACCGUUUCCUACACUGCAGCAGUAUGUAGAUUCCAUGGACCUUGAGUCAAUGAGCAAACUUGAUCACUCCCACACCCCCUAUGUUGUUAUUCUAUUAAAGUACCUCCAGAGAUGGAAGGAAGAGCAUGACAAUAAACCUCCACAAAACUACAAAGAAAAAGACGCUUUCAAAAAGAUAGUCAGAAAAGGAAUUCUAAUCAAUGAGCAUGGAAUCCCAGAAGAGGAGGAGAACUUUGACGAGGCCAUCCGAGCAGUGAAUAUGGCACUAGUACCAACAAAGAUUCCCGGUGAAGUCAGUAAUAUCUUCAGCCAGGAAUCAUGCUGUAACAUCACAGAGAUGAGUAGUUCCUUUUGGAUUAUAGCAAAAGCUGUAAAGGAGUUCGUUGAAAAUGAAGGACAAGGUGCACUGCCUGUUCGUGGCUCUAUACCUGAUAUGACAGCAGACUCCAAGAGAUACAUACAACUACAAAAUGUCUACCAAGAUCAAGCAAAGAAAGAUGUUGUUGCAGUCACCCAAAGAGUACAUAGAAUACUAGACACAAUUGGAAAGUCUGCAGAUUGUAUACCAGAACAAGAAAUUAGAUUAUUUUGUAAAAAUGCUGCAUUUCUCAAGCUUGUUAGAUGCCGGUCUUUACAAGCAGAGUAUGAUCCCUCUACCUCUAGAACAAAUGAAAUAGGAAAUGCCCUAGAUGACCCUGAGAGUGAUGUCAUGUUCUAUGUUCUACUCAGAGCCGUUGACAGGUUUUACUCACAGUAUCACAGAUAUCCAGGCAAUUUUGAUGACCAGGUAGAGGCAGAUGUUGUUAAGCUAAAGUCGUGUGUAGCUGCACAACUGCAGGAAUGGUCUUUACCGAAUGCCACCGUUAAGUCGGAAUGUAUACAUGAAAUUUGUCGUUAUGGAGCCUCUGAGCUGCACCCUGUCGCCGCAUUCAUGGGUGGCGCGGCUGCACAAGAGGUUGUCAAGAUUGUCACCCGUCAGUUUGUUCCUUUUAGUAAUACAUUUAUCUACAACGGAAUGACUGGAUCCUCCGUCACAAUACAGCUAUAGUCUUAGGAGCUCCAUCAUUUCCAUCGCUAGUAAAGGCUAGUUUUUUUUCUAAUUGCUCGCAUCUUUUAUUAAGAACAACCCUUAUAUACAAUGGAACCCCCAUUAAACUCACCUCAAUUAGCGUUGCCCUCUUUAGAACGUACUUUUUCCUAAGUCCCUGUUUCAAAUUCUUCAGUCGAGGUAUAUCUAUAAAGCCUUUUUGCACGGUCAAAUGGGGCUAUAUGGACUGAAAUUCUACAAAUAUCAGCUCGCCCUAAAACCAUUGCUAUGCGACUACCACUGCAGUUCUCUUCACGAAUCACAUUGAAUACACCCUAGACCAAACUCGUAAACAACUAAAAGCCAACUGCGAAAUUGUAUCAGUUUAUGAUACAAGAUUGUUAGAAAAGCAUUGUACAUAAUUAUCUCCAUUCAUAUUAUCAUAAAAUGUUAAAAACUAACAAUAAAAAGCACGUAAGAUCUA